AUCGUGUUUUUUUGAAGUGACGUCCAUAAAAUGUUUUAUGAACAUAUUAUACUGGCCAAAAAAGGGCCUUUAGCUCGAAUUUGGCUUGCUGCGCAUUGGGAUAAAAAAAUUACAAAAGCUCAUGUAUUUGAGACAAACAUUGAAAAAUCAGUGGAAGGUAUUUUACAACCCAAAGUGAAAUUGGCGCUUCGUACUUCGGGGCAUUUGUUGCUGGGUGUAGUACGCAUAUAUUCAAGAAAGGCAAAAUAUUUGUUGGCAGAUUGCAAUGAGGCGUUUGUCAAGAUUAAGAUGGCCUUUCGCCCGGGAAUGGUGGAUUUGCCAGAAGGACACAGAGAAGCAAAUGUUAAUGCUAUUACGCUACCGGAAGUUUUUCAUGAUUUCGAUACUGCCUUACCUGAAUUAAAUGACAUCGAUAUUGAAGCGCAAUUCGCCAUAAAUCAAUCGCGAGCAGAUGAAAUCACAAUGCGUGAAGAUUACGGAAGCUUGUCACUAUCUUUACAAGACGAUGGUUUUGGGGACAUUGGAUUCGAAGCUGAUACGCCAGAGAUAAUGCGUGGGCCACUAUCUGCUAAUAUAAAUGAUCAACUUUUUGAUGACGACGUUCUAGCAGAUGUAAGAUCAAGUGAUCAAAAUAUUCGAUUAAUAGAAACUGAAAUAACAAAUUCUCGGCUUGAUGGGGAUGGAUUUGGCGACUCAUUUGGACAGCCUGAACUAUUUGAAGAUGACCUUUUUGAAGAACCUCCACCACCAGCUCAAGAAGGCAAAGUUGUGAACGCUGUCAACGUAGCAGAUUAUGACGACGACGAUGGAGUUGACAAUUUUGAUAAUGCACCAUCUCCAGCAUCUUCAUUGGCUAAUUCAGCCGCAAACAACAAAUCUGAUCAUGAGGACGCCAACGUGACAGGCAAUACAGACUUAAAUGAAUCUACUCUUAUAAAUAAUGAAGACGAAGGCUUUGCACUAGCACCUAUUGAUGCAAAUGCAUACAGAGGGACUACGAAGGCGAAGCGGAAGAGAAAACUAAUAAUUGAUGAAGUCAAGAAUAUUUCUGGAGAAGAAAUGAAAGCCCAAUUCGCUGAUACAUCUGAUAUAUUAACAACACUAGAUCUUGCCCCUCCUACAAAAAGGUUGAUGUAUUGGAAGGAAACAGGUGGCGUUGAAAAGUUGUUUGCCUUGCCAUCAAGAACGAUACCGUCUCGCUCACUUUUAAAUAAUUAUAACCGACAUUUGAUAUCACACUCGACCCAGAUCGAAGACUUUACAUGCGUUGCACCACCUGAAGUGUUAUCGUUAGAGCAGUAUAUGAAUGAAAGCGAAACUACAUUUAUUAUAAACAAGAAGUGUCGAAAGAGAAAGCAUGAGCCAUCAACACUUUCCACUUCUGCUCCACCUGCGGAUGCUCUGAUCCAAAGCUUGGCAGAUCCGGAACUUGUCCGGGAACAGGAGAAAACAUUAGGCAUCACAGCUAUAUCGUUAGAUAUAGCUCCAAAAGAUCAAGAAGUUUUUGUAUCUCAAACUGAUACAUCAGAUUUUGUUAAAAUACGAAGUCCUGCAGUCUUUUCAUUUAAUGAAAUGGAAACAUUUUCGAAUGUGAAUGACCUGCCACUUACACCGAGGAAUGCACAUCACGAUGUGGGAGACGAUUUUCAACACGGCGAUCUAACACCAGUCGGGUUAGAUCAUGGGCAUAUGACUCCACAUCAUUCAGGAAUUGGAGAUAUUGAUUCGAUUCCUCAUUUACCAACCGACCAAUUCAGUUCGAUUCUCAAUGAAGAUGAGGCAAGACUAACUACUGGACUAUCUUGUUCUAACAAAACUUGUGACAUUUCUACAGACUGGAACGAUUAUGAUUUCCCUCCGUCAAUCGGAGUUUCGAAUACGGCUGACCAGCAGAUGGAAAACGAAACAGAUGAACAAUUCGAAGAAAGAGUCUUAAAUAAAAGAGCAGCACAACUUUUUUAUGCAGUUAGAUCUCAUUUUUCCAACAAAGAAAAUUUGACGCUAUCUCAACUAACUCUAAGGAAUUCCAGGAAACAGGCCGCACAAAAAUUUUAUUCCCUUCUUGUACUCAAAAAAUUUAAAGCAUUACAUAUUACGCAACUUGUUCCUUAUGCAGAUAUUACAAUUAUUCGGGGUCCUAUGUUUGAAGCUCCUAAAUUGUAAUAGAUCAAAUUCUUUGGAACUCUUAUCAUCAAAGAAUUAAAAUACAUAUAGUUUACAGUCUAGUGGGCUUUAAAUUCAUCGACAACAAAAAAAAGAGUCAAUAACUUUUAUGUGUGUCGGAAGUUUGUAAAUUGCGCAUAUUUGAUGUUGUAGAAUUAUUAAAUAAAAUACAUUUGUAAUAUA